ACGUUUAGUAAUUUUUAUUGCAGUUGGUUGGCUACGCUGACCUAGUCCUUAACCAAAUAUCCGAAUUUCAUCACGUAAACCCAAUUAUAGUGCUGUGUAAUUAGCUUUUAACUUAAAUUAUUUCACCCCCCGACUGUUUUAUAUAUACAAAGUGAUAGCGUUCUUAUAAAUUAGUGCCCCUUUGUGACAUUUGUCAUUUUGUCACCUGUCAUCAUGUCUGACAAGAACGUUCGCAAAGAGUCGCCGGACGACAAGCCCCAAAUCGACGGAAACAUGGAAGGAAACUCGCAAACGAAAAGUUCGAAAAAACGCAACAAGAAGAAACAACACCAACCGGAAAACGAAGCCGAACUGUUAUCAAACUUCACCAAGCCGCUGAACACCAUCUCGAUCCAGGGCCUGCGCGCCGCCAUGGAGGCCCUCACCAUGAACCAGAAGCCGGCCAAGACCCCCGAGGAGGCCCUCACCAAGUCCUACCAGUUCUGGAACACCCAGCCCGUGCCUAAGAUGGACGAGAAGAUCACCGUCAACGAGGCCAUCGAGCCCGACCGCCAGGUGGCCGAGAUCCGGGCGGAGCCCUACAGCCUGCCCGACGGCUUCGCCUGGGACACCCUCAACCUGGACGAGCCCCUCGUGCUCAAGGAGCUCUACACGCUGCUGAACGAGAACUACGUCGAAGACGACGACUGCAUGUUCCGCUUCGACUACCAGCCGGAGUUCCUCAAGUGGGCCCUGCAGCCCCCCGGCUGGCGCAAGGACUGGCACUGCGGAGUCCGAGUUGUUAAAAGCGGGCGACUUGUCGGGUUUAUCUCCGCUAUUCCAGCAACGUUGAAAAUUUACGAAAAAACGCAGAAAAUGGUCGAGAUUAAUUUUCUCUGCGUGCAUAAGAGAUUGCGCUCGAAGCGAGUCGCUCCGGUUCUGAUCCGGGAGAUUACGAGACGGGUUCAUCUCACCGGACUUUUCCAGGCGGUUUACACGGCUGGAAUUGUUUUACCGAAACCGGUGGGCACGUGUCGGUAUUGGCACAGAUCGCUCAAUCCGAAGAAACUAAUCGAAGUGAAAUUCUCACAUUUGUCCAGGAAUAUGACGAUGCAACGGACACUCAAACUUUACAAAUUGCCUGAUAGUCCAAGGACGCCAGGGUUUAGGAAAUUGACCGAAGCUGAUGUGCCCCAAACACACAAACUUUUGACUCAAUAUUUGCGGAAGUUCGACUUGUCUCCCCUUUUCACCGAAGAGGACUUCGUGCACUGGUUCCUCCCUCGGCCCGAUAUCGUGGACAGUUUCGUGGUGGAGAAAGGGGGCAAAGUGACCGACUUCGUCAGCUACUACACGCUCCCCUCCACAGUGAUGCACCACCCGGUUCACACAAGUUUAAAGGCGGCGUAUUCGUUUUACAACGUUUCGGGGGAAACCCCCUGGGUGGAUUUGAUGAAUGACGCGUUAAUUUCGGCGAAACAGUCAAACUUCGACGUUUUUAACGCCUUGGAUCUGAUGGAUAAUCGCGAGUUUUUGGAGACGCUCAAAUUCGGGAUUGGAGAUGGAAAUUUGCAAUAUUAUUUGUACAAUUGGAAGUGUCCGAGCAUGGCACCGCAUCGGAUGGGUCUAGUCUUGCAAUAAAUUUAAGAUUCCAAAGUGAAUUCUGAGUUUUCUUUCCGGUUUUUUAGCAUUAUCAAGCGAGAGGUGGCGCACGGUUGAGAUGACGGUUUAUUUUGUAUGGUUUUGUUCUUUUGUUGAAUAAAAAUGUACAAGGUU